AUAAGAUCUCCUUCAUCAGCAAACACAUCCUCACACUAAAGAACAUUACAUGACUAGUUCUAACAGUCGUAGCCCAAUGGGCUCACUUAUUACAGAUUUAUGAUAUGAUCAUAAAAAACCAAAGUGUAAUAAUUCAAUUUUCAAAUAAAGGCAUUUAAUAGUGUGACACUGAGAUUGGUUGAUAUAGUGCCUAGUUACGAAGAGUAUAGUACUUGGUACUAUGGUACUUUGUGUUGAGUAUGCAUUAUGAAAUGUUCACAAGUGGUGUUUAAGAACACAUAAACUGUGUCAUUGUCCAAAAUGUUGACGUGUGGGUGAUCGCAGAGGAACCCUGUGUGACGCGCAGCAAGCAGCAGAUAUCGCAGUGGUGGAGCCUCCACCCUCAGCUGGUGUUUGCCUGAUAAAACAGAGAAGGAAAACAAACCACAGAAGACACACAGAGGCCUCCACCGACCAAACAAUUUUCUCAAAAUUACGCUUUGGAUUAAAGAGUUCCACGAACAUGGUGAAGUGACUGAAUGAUCAAGUGAACAUCUGGUGUGUCUGCAACAGUGAGCCAUGCUUUCUAAGAAGGAGAAGGAGUUACUUGCAGAAGUGUGGGACAGACUCACUCCUGUGGCUGAAGAUAUCGGCGCAGAUGCUCUUCUUCGAAUGUUUGCCUCAUACCCUGGCACCAAGACCUACUUUUCCCACAUCGACAUCAGUCCCGGCUCUCCUUAUCUGACAUCCCAUGGGAGGAAGAUAGUCUUGGCCAUCGCAGAGGGAGCCCAGGACAUAAGUCAGCUGAUGGUCUCUCUGGAACCUCUUCAAACCUAUCACGCCUAUGUGCUGCGUAUUGACCCCACCAAAUUCAAGCUGUUCUCACACUGUAUGCUCGUCACUCUGGCCAUCCACAUGGGCGACAGCUUCACCCCGGUUCUUCAUGCGGCAAUGGACAAGUUCCUGUCAGCGUUUGCUGCUGUGCUUGCCGAGAAAUACCGAUGAGAUUGUGUGUUUUAGG